CCCCUUCCCUCCUGAGAACCCUCUCUCCACUCUCAGCCCCCUACCCUGUCCCCUUUUCCCUCUGAGACCCCUCUCCCACUCUGAGCCCCAGCGAUGAAAAAUCGUGGAUGUCCUCACCCUGGACCUCGGCAGGGCGCUAAGGGCCGGAGCCUGGCUUCAGCUGUCAGACGGCUGGACCUCCUUCAGGAGCCAGGCCCGAAGCUCCUGCUGGGCACAUUCCUGAGUGUUCCUGAGCCCCUUUCAGUCCCAGAGUCAAAAAAGCCAAGUUUGAUGGUGCCCAAGAGAAAUUCAACACGUACGUGACCCUGAAAGUUCAGAAUGUCAAGAGCACGACCAUCGCAGUGCGGGGCAGCCAGCCCAGCUGGGAGCAGGAUUUCAUGUUCGAGAUUAACCGUCUGGAUUUGGGACUGACAGUGGAGGUGUGGAACAAGGGUCUUAUCUGGGACACAAUGGUGGGCACUGUGUGGAUCCCACUGCGGACCAUCCGCCAGUCCAAUGAGGAGGGCCCUGGAGAGUGGCUGACACUGGACUCCCAGGUCAUCAUGGCGGACAGCGAGAUCUGCGGCACCAAGGACCCCACUUUCCACCGCAUCCUCCUAGACACGCGCUUUGAGCUGCCCUUAGACAUUCCUGAAGAGGAGGCUCGCUACUGGGCCAAGAAGCUGGAGCAGCUCAAUGCUAUGCGGGACCAGGAUGAAUAUUCGUUCCAAGAAGAGCAAGACAAGCCUCUGCCUGUCCCCAGCAACCAGUGCUGCAACUGGAAUUAUUUUGGCUGGGGUGAGCAGCACAACGAUGACCCCGACAGUGCAGUGGAUGAUCGCGACAGUGACUACCGCAGUGAAACGAGCAACAGCAUCCCGCCGCCCUAUUACACUACGUCGCAACCCAACGCCUCAGUCCACCAGUAUUCUGUUCGCCCACCACCCCUGGGCUCCCGGGAAUCCUACAGCGACUCCAUGCACAGUUACGAGGAGUUCUCUGAGCCGCAGGCUCUUAGCCCCACAGGUAGCAGCCACUAUGCCUCCUCAGCGGAGCUGAGCCAGGGAAGCUCUCAGCUGAGUGAGGACUUCGACCCCGACGAGCACAGCCUGCAGGGCUCCGAGAUGGAGGACGAGCGGGACCGGGACUCCUACCACUCCUGCCACAGCUCGGUCAGCUAUCACAAAGACUCGCCUCGCUGGGACCAGGAUGAGGAGGAGCUGGAGGAGGACCUGGAGGACUUCCUGGAGGAGGAGGAGCUGCCUGAAGAUGAGGAGGAGCUGGAGGAGGAGGAGGAGGUGCCUGACGAUUUGGGCAGCUAUGCUCAGCGUGAAGAGGUGGCUGUGGCUGAGCCCAAAGACUUCAAACGCAUCAGCUUCCCGCCAGCUGCCCCGGGGAAGGAGGACAAGGCCCCAUUGGCACCCACCGAGGCCCCCGACACAGCCAAGGUGACCCCAAAGCCAGCCACACCCGAGGAGGUGCCUGCAGCUGAGCAGAUCCCUGAGGCUGAGCCCCCCAAGGCUGAGGAGAGUUUCAGGCCGAGAGAGGAUGAGGAAGGCCAGGAGGGGCAGGACUCCAUGUCCAGGGCCAAGGCCAACUGGCUGCGUGCCUUCAACAAGGUGCGGAUGCAGCUGCAGGAGGCCCGGGGCGAAGGAGAAAUGUCCAAAUCCCUAUGGUUCAAAGGCGGCCCAGGGGGUGGUCUCAUCAUCAUCGACAGCAUGCCAGACAUCCGCAAGAGGAAACCUAUCCCACUCGUGAGCGACCUGGCCAUGUCCCUGGUCCAGUCCAGGAAAGCGGGCAUCACCUCGGCCUUGGCCUCCAGCACAUUGAACAACGAGGAGCUGAAAAACCACGUUUACAAGAAGACCCUGCAAGCCUUAAUCUACCCCAUCUCGUGCACGACGCCACACAACUUCGAAGUGUGGACGGCCACCACGCCCACCUACUGCUACGAGUGUGAGGGGCUGCUGUGGGGCAUCGCGAGGCAGGGCAUGCGCUGCACGGAGUGUGGUGUCAAGUGCCACGAGAAGUGCCAGGACCUGCUCAACGCCGACUGCCUGCAGCGGGCUGCGGAGAAGAGCUCCAAGCACGGGGCGGAGGACCGGACGCAGAACAUCAUCAUGGUGCUCAAGGACCGCAUGAAGAUCCGGGAGCGCAACAAGCCCGAGAUCUUCGAGCUGAUCCAGGAGAUCUUCGCGGUGACCAAGACCGCGCACACGCAGCAGAUGAAGGCGGUCAAGCAGAGCGUGCUGGACGGCACGUCCAAGUGGUCCGCCAAGAUCAGCAUCACCGUGGUCUGUGCGCAGGGCUUGCAGGCAAAGGACAAGACGGGAUCCAGUGACCCCUACGUCACCGUCCAGGUCGGGAAGACCAAGAAACGGACAAAAACCAUCUAUGGGAACCUCAACCCGGUGUGGGAGGAGAAUUUCCACUUUGAAUGUCACAAUUCCUCCGACCGCAUCAAGGUGCGUGUCUGGGACGAGGAUGAUGACAUCAAAUCCCGCGUGAAACAGAGGUUCAAGAGGGAAUCUGACGAUUUCCUGGGGCAGACGAUCAUUGAGGUGCGGACGCUCAGCGGCGAGAUGGACGUGUGGUACAACCUGGACAAGCGAACUGACAAAUCUGCUGUGUCAGGUGCCAUCCGGCUCCACAUCAGUGUGGAGAUCAAAGGCGAGGAGAAGGUGGCCCCAUACCAUGUCCAGUACACCUGUCUGCAUGAGAACCUGUUCCACUUUGUGACCGACGUGCAGAACAAUGGGGUUGUGAAGAUCCCGGAUGCCAAGGGCGACGAUGCCUGGAAGGUUUACUAUGAUGAGACAGCCCAGGAGAUUGUGGACGAGUUUGCCAUGCGCUACGGCGUUGAGUCCAUCUACCAAGCCAUGACCCACUUUGCCUGCCUCUCCUCCAAGUAUAUGUGCCCGGGGGUGCCUGCCGUCAUGAGCACCCUACUCGCCAACAUCAAUGCCUACUACGCGCACACCACCGCCUCCACCAACGUGUCUGCCUCUGACCGCUUCGCCGCCUCCAACUUUGGGAAAGAGCGCUUUGUGAAACUCCUGGACCAGCUGCAUAACUCCCUGCGGAUUGACCUCUCCAUGUACCGGAAUAACUUCCCAGCCAGCAGCCCGGAGAGACUCCAGGACCUCAAAUCCACUGUGGACCUUCUCACCAGCAUCACCUUCUUUCGGAUGAAGGUACAAGAACUCCAGAGCCCGCCCCGAGCCAGCCAGGUGGUAAAGGAUUGUGUGAAAGCCUGCCUUAAUUCUACCUAUGAGUACAUCUUCAACAACUGCCAUGAACUCUACAGCCGGGAGUACCAGACAGACCCGGCCAAGAAGGGGGAAGUUCCCCCAGAGGAACAGGGGCCCAGCAUCAAGAACCUCGACUUCUGGUCCAAGCUGAUUACCCUCAUAGUGUCCAUCAUUGAGGAAGACAAGAAUUCCUACACUCCCUGCCUCAACCAGUUUCCCCAGGAGCUGAAUGUGGGUAAAAUCAGCGCUGAAGUGAUGUGGAAUCUGUUUGCCCAAGACAUGAAGUAUGCCAUGGAGGAGCACGACAAGCAUCGUCUAUGCAAGAGUGCCGACUACAUGAACCUCCACUUCAAGGUGAAAUGGCUCUACAAUGAGUAUGUGACGGAACUUUCUGCCUUCAAGGACCGCGUACCUGAGUACCCUGCAUGGUUUGAACCCUUCGUCAUCCAGUGGCUGGACGAGAAUGAGGAGGUAUCCCGGGAUUUCCUGCACGGUGCCCUGGAGCGAGACAAGAAGGAUGGGUUCCAGCAGACCUCGGAGCAUGCCCUAUUCUCCUGCUCCGUGGUGGACGUCUUCUCCCAACUCAACCAGAGCUUUGAAAUCAUCAAGAAACUUGAGUGUCCCGACCCCCAGAUUGUGGGGCACUACAUGAGGCGCUUUGCCAAGACCAUCAGUAAUGUGCUCCUCCAGUACGCAGACAUCAUCUCCAAGGACUUCGCCUCCUACUGCUCCAAGGAGAAGGAGAAAGUGCCCUGCAUCCUCAUGAACAACACUCAACAGCUACGAGUUCAGCUGGAGAAGAUGUUCGAAGCCAUGGGAGGAAAGGAGCUGGAUGCCGAAGCCAGUGACAUCUUGAAGGAACUUCAGGUGAAACUCAAUAACGUCUUGGAUGAGCUCAGCCGGGUGUUUGCUACCAGCUUCCAGCCACACAUUGAAGAGUGUGUUAAACAGAUGGGUGACAUCCUUAGCCAGGUUAAGGGCACAGGCAAUGUGCCAGCCAGUGCCUGCAGCAGCGUGGCCCAGGACGCUGACAAUGUGUUGCAGCCCAUCAUGGACCUGCUGGACAGCAACCUGACCCUCUUUGCCAAAAUCUGUGAAAAGACGGUGCUGAAGCGAGUGCUGAAGGAGCUGUGGAAGCUGGUUAUGAACACCAUGGAGAAAACCAUCGUCCUGCCACCCCUCACCGACCAGACGAUGAUCGGGAACCUCUUGAGAAAACAUGGCAAGGGAUUAGAAAAGGGCAGGGUGAAAUUGCCAAGCCACUCAGACGGAACCCAGAUGAUCUUCAAUGCAGCCAAGGAGCUGGGUCAGCUGUCCAAACUCAAGGACCACAUGGUACGAGAAGAAGCCAAGAGCUUGACCCCAAAGCAGUGCGCGGUUGUUGAGUUGGCCCUGGACACAAUCAAGCAAUAUUUCCAUGCGGGUGGCGUGGGCCUCAAGAAGACCUUCCUGGAGAAGAGCCCGGACCUGCAAUCCCUGCGCUAUGCGCUGUCGCUCUACACACAGGCCACCGACCUGCUCAUCAAGACCUUUGUACAGACGCAAUCGGCCCAGGGCUUGGGUGUAGAAGACCCUGUGGGUGAAGUCUCCGUCCACGUUGAGCUGUUCACUCAUCCAGGAACUGGGGAACACAAGGUCACAGUGAAAGUGGUGGCUGCCAAUGACCUCAAGUGGCAGACUUCUGGCAUCUUCCGGCCGUUCAUCGAGGUCAACAUCAUUGGGCCACAGCUCAGCGACAAGAAACGCAAGUUUGCGACCAAAUCCAAGAACAAUAGCUGGGCUCCCAAGUACAAUGAGAGCUUCCAGUUCACGCUGAGCGCGGACGCGGGCCCCGAGUGCUACGAGCUGCAGGUGUGCGUCAAGGACUACUGCUUCGCGCGCGAGGACCGCACGGUGGGGCUGGCCGUGCUGCAGCUGCGCGAGCUGGCCCAGCGCGGGAGCGCCGCUUGCUGGCUGCCGCUCGGCCGUCGCAUCCACAUGGACGACACCGGCCUCACGGUGCUGCGAAUCCUCUCGCAGCGCAGCAACGACGAGGUGGCCAAAGAGUUCGUGAAACUCAAGUCGGACACGCGCUCAGCCGAGGAGGGUGGUGCCGCGCCUGCGCCUUAGCGCGGGGCGGGCGGCCGAGCGGCACUGCGCCUGCGCGGAGGGCGCUGAGCGGGGAGGGGCUUGCGCCUCGGUGGGACUUCCCCAGGGGCGGGGCUCGGGGGACUACACGCCAAGGGUGGGCUGCGCCUGCGCCCUUGACUGAGCGCUCCCUUCUGGAGAAUUAGGAAUGGAGGAUGCCCCGCCCUCUCGGGAGGCCACGCCCAAGGGCGCGAUGAAGGAAGAAGCCACAUCCCCAACUUGCGGCCACUCCCCCAGCAUCUAGGGGGCAUUUUGAGCUGGGAUGGGGGAAACCUCGUCCCCAUGGAGGAGGCCACAUCCCGGGGCUCUGGUACCGGGAGGCACAGCCUCCUGUCCCCUGGAAAAGCCAUAAGACGGGACCCAGACCCCUGGGACCCCAGACCAAUUGCCAAGUAUGGAAAUCUCAGCUCCCUCAAGGGGGGGCCCUGGGCAAGGGAUAGAGCUCCCUGGAGGGCCCCUCUAGGUGACCUGGGGACUGGAGGGACCAGGAUUCUGGUUGGAGGGCCCCGGAAUACCGGAGUCCCUUUAGAUGUUUGUGCAAAAAAUAAAUGGGGGGAGGGGGGAGGAUGGGAUUUCAAAAGCACAUGCGCCCUUGGGCGCCCAAACCCUGGGGGCCGAGGGGACGGCUCUGGGGCACCCACGCUGCCCCUACCUCCCUUUGGGAGUUUGCCUCUCCCUCUCCCCCAACAAACCCAGUCCUCAUAUCAUAGAUUUCAACACACCCAUUUGACAGAUGGCAAAACUGAGGCUCAAAGAGCUGCUUGAGACUUGGCCGAGGUUCCAGGUGCCAUACCCUCUAUUCCUCUCCCUUAGGCCUGUGUGCCCCAUGAAAGGGUGGGCUGAGAUCAGGAUGACCUGACACAGCUCCCUGUUGCUGCUAAUUCCCCCUCGGGGGCCUCCUCCAGGGGGUGGGAGUUCCAGGCCAAGACCCCUACUUUGCCUUUCCUUCUCUGGCUGCCAAGCAAGACCCCUGCCCUCAGCCCUUUCUCCUGGCACUCCAUGGGGGAUGCCAUGAGGACCUCCCACCACAAAAGAGAAUUUGGGAUCCCCUGACUCCUUAGGGGAUGCCAUGAAGGCCUCCCACCACAAAAGAGAGAAUUUGGGAUCCCCUGGUCCCAGGUUUCUCCACCCCUUCUUCCUUUCCCAGAAUUUUCCAAAUAGGAAAGAACAGAAGGAGACCAGAAACUCUAGGGGGGAGAGAGAGAAAGAGAGCGAGACAGAGAGAGAGAAACCCACACCGUGAGAGCUUAGUCUCCAAGAUCCUAUUUAUUGAUUCAAACACCCAAGCCACAGGAUACCUCAGAUGGCCCUCUUGCCUGCUGGAAGCUCUUUCUCCAGUAAGCAAAGUUGCAGUGACUUGGCUGCAGUUAACCUCGUGCACACAGGACCUUAGGGGAAAGUUCAGUGUGGACCAUGUUUGCUCUGGGAUCUGCUUUUCCACGUGCUUGUAUGGCACGCCUUUUUCUGCUGGAUUGAGAAAGACAGGAUUUUGCUGUGCUAGAGAGAAAUGAAAACGGGGUGAGAUGAGUACUGGGUUCCUGGAGGAUGGAACAUCAGAUGGGGAGGCUUUCUGAGGUGAAGAAUGAGAGGGAACCACUUACUAGAGAGAAAAGAGCUCCAGGCCUGGGAACAGCACGUGCGAAGGCCAGGAGAGAACUGUUGAAACAAGGAGAAAGGUGGCACAGCUGGAGCUGAGCCAGCAAGGGGGAUCAUGAGGAGCCUUGGGAUUGGGGAGAUCUGCAGAAGCAUCAGACCAGGCAGGGCCUUGUACGCUGUCCUGAGGAGUUUCACUUUUAUUCUAAGACAGUCGGGGAGCUCCAGGAAAUGUUUAAGCUGGGGAGAGAUUGGAUUCCACCCUGUAAAAGCUGUUUUGUGAAGACUAAAACCAGUGAGGAGGUGUGGGGGUGCUUUGGGGACACUGAAAUGGAUUAUUGGAAAGAUUCUGAAGGCUGUAUUGAAAAGACACCUAUAACUGUGGACAUGGCUAUAAUCCCAGCAUUUUGGUGAGGCCGAGGCUGGUGGAUCACUUAAGGUCAGGAGUUUGAGACCAGCCUGGCCAACGUGGUGAAACCCGUCUCUGCUAAAAAUACAAAAAUUAGCUGGGUGCGGUGGUGCACGCCUGUAGUCCCAGCUACACAGGAGACUGAGGUGGGAGAAUUGCUUGAACCCUGGAGGUGGAGGUUGCAGUGAGCCAAGAUCACACCACUGCACUCCAGCCUGGGCAACAGAACAAUACUCCGUUCCCUCCCCUCUAACCGCCCCCCCCCAAAAAAAAAAUCCUGUGCUUAGAUGAGCUCCAUGGCUGCUGAGUACAGUUUUCCCAGUUGCACACUGCCCAAGGGUUUGGGAUCGCUAAGAAGGCCACGUGCAAAUCCUAGACAUUGAGCGUCGUAUGUUUAUGAUCUUGGUUUCCCCACAUGUGAAUGGUCCAAGUGUCUGGAAGAAGUGGCGCCACUUUCUAAUUUGCUUGAAGGUGUUGCAUGUCCCCUAAAUUCAGACAGAUGCAGGUAACUGGAGGUUCUGAACCAAAGGUUAAAAUGCAAAUUCUCAUAAAGGAUUGGGAAACUGUAGCCAGGGAUAAGCGUAUGUGACUGUUACAUGGGCUGAGGAGCAGAUGUGAAUUUCGGACCAUGCCAUGCCUGAGGGUGGGGGUCGGGUGGAUGGAUGAUUCAGGGUUGUAACCCAUAGCGCCCAAAUGGGAGGUGAUCUGUGACCUGUGGUGAGGGUGAUCUGGAAGAUUUUUGGAUGGCUGGAAAGAAAUGGAGAAGUUGAGCUGCCUGAGAGAGCCAGGAUGUUUCCCAAAAGAUUCCUUAGGAAUCUUUCUGGUCAAGACCUGUGUGUGUGUGUGUGUGUUUAGGGUUCCCGAUGAAUGGCUCAGGCAUGUGAAGGAAACAAGCUUCAGGGAAUAUUUGUUGAAUGAAUUUUCCUGACUCCCAGGCUAGAACUGUUUUUGCAAUUUCCACCCUCUUUUCUUUCCCUCCCAGAGAACUCCUAUUCAUCCUUUGAAACCCAUCAUGAAAACCCCUCUUGGAGAAAACCCUCCUUCCUUCCCCUCAGGACUUUCCCAGCCUCCGUCCCUCCUCCAGUCCAGCCUGAUGCCAUGGGACUGGGGUUUCUCUGUUCGGCUCUGUUUCUCCCAGACUGGGGUCUGAGGCCUCUCAGGACCCCCAACUUUACCUAGCACAGGCUGGGCACAGGUGGGUGGCAGGGAGUCUGUGCCUAGUGGAAUUAUGUGUUGGGGCAGGGUCAGUGCAAGAAUACACAUCCGCAUGCGUGUCUGUCCAUGUCUGUCCAUACCAACCUUCCCCUUCCACACGGACCUGGGCACAUGGGGGGUGUCUGAACCCGACACAUGGGACAGAGAGUGGACAUGGCUGAGAUACGUACAGAGACAAGACAAGGAGUCCAGGCGGCUGAAAGCCUUUUGAAAUCAGGAAGUUCCUGUAUUGGCAGAACAAAGCCCAGAGAGGAGCAGGGCUUUCCCCAACGCCACCCAGCAAGUGGCCACAGAGCCCAGCCUUGGAUGACACCUCCAGGAUUCUGAACCCUGGACCUCACUUUAUGCAAGGAGCUGGCCGCAGAUUUCCAUGAAUCAGGGAAACAGCACAAGAGGGUUGGCCUGUGGCAGGGCAGGGAUUAAAGGGGUGACACUGAGGGAUGCCUCAGAGUCAAAGUCCCCUGACCAAGAGGAAUAGAGAAAGAGACAGAGGGUGAGAUCACGCCCUGAUGAGAACGGAGAGAGACAUAGAGGUGGAAAUAUACAGAGAAAGAGAAAUGCAGAGACCAGGGCAGGGGGUGUCAGGGGAAGUAAAGAGGGUGUCCUGAAGAAAGAAGGUUCUGUUCAUUGUCACCAGUCUGUCCUCGAAUGAUUUGCAUAAAAUGAGGAGGUGCCUGGCCAUGCCCCCAAUUCCUCUCUCAGGCCCCAGAGCCUGAGACCUCACCAUGCCCCCAUCAGAGAUGCAAAAAACUAAACACUCAACUAGAAAUCCUUGGGACCUUUCUCGGCUGGGAUCUUAGAGCCUUUCUGUCCCCGACCCCUACCCCACGUGCUGUCGAUUUUGCAGAUGGGGACAACCUGGGGCCUCCCGGAACUCUGCCACCCUGGGGAAGUUGGGGGGAGGGCGUUGGUCCCAGAUCACAACCCCGUCUGCUCCCCAGAAUCCUUUCCUAAGAAUCGUUGAGGACCAAAGUUGUCUUUGCUGACACGUGUUGCUUUUCUCUUUGCCUUUUAUUGUUUUAGAGAAAAACCAAGUUGACUGUGUCAAGUAACAACCCACCCCUUACCCCCGUCCAGCCAUAGUGGCUCUCUGGAGACACAGGUCAUAGGCGGAGGGUCCCCUGAUCAUCCCUGAACACACAGCCAGGGGUAUUUGACCCCUGUCCACCCCUGUCUCGUGCUCCCUCAGACCCCCACAAACCGGCCAAGCAGUCCGGGGAGGUUUCCCCUCCACACAACUUCUCUUAGCAUGUGAUUGCAGAUGUGAAAUCAAAAUGUUGUUUGUUUUUUGUUUUGUUUUGAUUCCACCCCGUCGGUCCGGUGUCUGCACAGACGCCUUCAUUUCUCUGUAAAUAUGUGACUUGGAACAAAUGUUUAACACAAACGAGACGUGGUCAUGAAUGCAUGGUGUUGAGAUGUUUUGCACUAUUCUGACUUUUUGGUCUCUGUAAAAAUAUUUUAUUAACAGCAGACAUUAAAAAAAGAAAAACCACACACA